AUGAAUAUCAAACAAACCGAUAACGCGCAAGGGACGACGAAGGAACCCGCCAUUCGCACAGUUUCUGCAGGCUGGAACGUGCCAUGGAUGAAAGCACGACCUGGAGUGGACCUCCAGCGCCCCGAAAAUCGACACUUGCUGGCACAAUGGGUGGGCAUUUUGGGCAAUGCUUGCGACAAAAGAGACUGGUACCCGUUUCUUCAAGCUGGGACGGCGAUUAAGAUGGAUGAGAAGGGUACGACAACUGCCUAUGCUUGGGUUGAAUGGUUUCCAGCCGCAUCUCACUCAAUUCCAACGGAGAAGUUCAUCGUCAACCCUGGUGACCGGAUUCGUGUGGUAGUCGACGUAUACACCCGUAUCACAGGGCAUGUAUAUAUGAAAAAUAUGCGCACUGGCCAGGCGUAUGACGAAGACGUGACUGCAGACUCGCCUAGAGACCCGCGGUUCUCCAUUUGCCUCGGCGAUGGCACUGCCCAAUUCUUCCAAGAAUGGGCUAUCAUGGAUGAUAGAGCGGACUUGCCGAUAUUUAACAACGUCACCUUCUCUAACGUGAUGGCUCAGGAUCGUCGUGGCAAAAGUUUCGAUUUCAACAUGGGAACUCAGGAUUACUGGAACAUGACCGACGCAGAUAGACAGGUUGCUGUGCCGGUGGAGAUGAACGAGAAUACUUUCGUUCUUUAUUCCCCGGAAGGAAUCAAGUGGGAUCCGAUCAAAGAUAGAUACUGA